AUGCAUAACGAACUAGUUUUUUGUCAAUCUAUUAUUGACUGUGUUUGUAACUUUGAGUAUCCGAAAGAUCGACUCCGUAUUCAUGUUCUCGAUGAUUCGACAGACGAAACAAUAAUUAAUCUUGUCAAGAAACGCGUACUGAUGUGGCGAAAACGGGGCAUUCGAAUAGAUAUUCAACGACGAAUUUGUCGGCAUGGUUUUAAAGCGGGAAGCCUAAAUGAGGCCAUGCUGUCCACUCGAGGUGCAGAGUAUAUUGCUCUAUUCGACGUUGACUUUUUACCCGAGCCUGAUUUUCUCUUGCGAACUAUUCCGUCGUUAAUUGCUAACCCUAACGCAGCUUUUGUUCAAGCCCGAUGGACUUUUACCAAUGGGAAAGAAUCGUUGUUGACCCGAAUGCAAGAAAUAUCCUUAAACUAUCAUCACAAAUGUGAACAAGAAGCGCGCUCUCGAGCAUCGUUCUUCAUGAAUUUCAAUGGAACGGGCGGCGUGUGGAGGACAGCAGCUAUCGAACAGUCUGGUGGUUGGAAUACGGACACACUAGUAGAGGACUUAGAUUUGUCAUUGCGUGCGUAUCUCAACGGAUGGACAUCAAUAUAUUUAACUGAUGUCGAAUGUCUGAGUGAACUUCCAUCAACUUUCGCCGCUUAUCUAUCACAGCAGCAUCGAUGGACAAGCGGACCCAUUCAGGUGCUUCGAAAAUUGGUUGGAAGAGUUUGGAAGACAAAACAAAUCGGCUUCUUUCAGAAAAUUUUUUGCACAUGUUUUCUGAUGCGUGGCUUCGUUCAUCUAAUUAAUAUUUUAUAUUUUCUAAUACUCAUGCCAUUCACGAUCUGGUUGCCUGAAAUUGCUAUGUUUAACAUGGUGAAUAUUUGUCUAUCAAUAGUAAUCACGAUGUCACACAUCGCUUUCACACCAAACGAAUUCUCCCGGGUCUUAGCCUACGUUUGGUUCGACAAUGCCAUGUGCUUGUUUAAAGCAGGCGCCACGAUAUCGGGUAUGUUCAAUUUUGGCCUCGCAAAAGUUUGGCAUGUUACACCGAAAUUUGCACGAAAAAUACAUAAAGAUUCGCCAAUUGUUGAUGCAGCAACCUGUGACAAGGGUCCCUGCGGUCAGAAUGCGUUUUGUGACUUCGAUGGGGUGUCGUAUGAAUGUCUUUGCGAAGAUGGACAUGAUGGUGAUCCCUACAAUAUUCGUACUGGAUGUACACCAAACAGUGAGUAA